AUGCUUGACCAGGAGCGAGAAGAGGAGACGUCACCUGUGUUGGAGCCGUUGUCACGAAAUGAGACUGUGGCUCAUGUCAUGGCUCCGAACCCGAACAACGCGCUGCGACAGCAGGGCGCGCUCGCGCCGUACAAUGCGGGCGCGCACACACCGGGCAGCGACGCCGCCUCCUCUAGUGGCGGUCAUACUAGCGGCAGUGAAGUGCUGGUAAAAGUGAAUAUAUGUGGCCCAUGUGGUAGUGUAACGACUUACGCGUUGUUAGAUGAUGGUGCAUCCGUUUCGAUGAUCGAUAAAAAUCUAGUUAAGGAAUUAGGUCUAUCACCUACUCAAUCUAACCCUGUGAAAUUUAUUGAUGCUUUUGGUAUUGAAGUAUAUCAGUCUGAUGCUCCUAAAAUAUGUACAAAAAUUUCUGGCUUUUUCGAAAAUAUAUUUUAUGAUGUAACAUUUCGACAGGUAGAUAAAUUAAAAUUACCUAAGCAAAACAUGUCUGUAGUCGAUAAUUUAAACUGUAAAUACUUGUUAUAUGUAAAAGAUUUUGUAUGUAAACAAUGUGUGGUGCCUCGUUUACUGAUAUGGCAAGAUAAUUAUUUUCUAUUAGCGCCUUUAGAAGUGCUGCAUGGCAACAAACAAAAGCCAUACGCUACGAGAUGCCGACUAAGAUGGUCCAUUCAUGGUUGCUACGUUCUUACUCACUCCUCCGUGAAAGGGCACAUAUUGCAUUUGCACAUUCCGAGCAGCAGGAACAGAACGUACAUCGUAGCGGAGUUGAGUGGAAUUGCCGCAUUCAACCCGAAGAACAUGCUUUGUGGAUCAGUUGGUUAA